GCCAAAACAAUGGCCGGAAUUUUAAGUUUUUCAGCUCGUGAAAAUAAGUUUAUUCAGCAGCUUUACGUUUGAAAAUAAAUUUAUUUCGCCUCUGGGUUUUUCUUACAGUAACCUUUAGUGCUAGGUAUGCCGUGAGAGGUCAGACUGCGUGUGGCGGCGCUGUUUAAACCCCUGCUGCAGCUUUCCUGCUCCCUCAGAGUUGAAGCUAAGAUAGCUAAAAACAGUCAGCUGAUCCAGAUUACUGACCCCUUACUUAACACUUAGCUUUUUAACUAACCCGCUAGACUGCCUAAUACUUUAGUUGUAUCAAACUAAUGGGAACAGCAGUCCUUAACACCCGCAUACUGAGCCGGUGUUAGUGUUAGUAAGCGGACUGAAUUAUUAUUAUGCAGUAGGUUCAGCAGCAGCGCAGCCGCUUCUUUCCUCUCGGACUGAAAUGAACACCUAGCCGCUCCGUUAACUAUGGCCUGUAGUUCAGGAACCAGCCCCGUUGGCACCGCGCAGCCGCCGCCGCAGCUCCCCGUAGCUUCGCCCUCGGCCGAGGCCAUGAAGCCGGUUCUCUUUGAGAUAUUCGGGGAGAUGUGGAAGGUCCAGGCCCGCCUGGGUCAGGGAGGCUCUGCCUCAGUGUACCGGGUCAGCUCGGUCAGUACGGGCAGAGCCAGCUCGGCCGCAGUGAAGGAGUUCCAGGCGGACGCACAGGGAGGGGAUUACGGGUAUCUGAAGGAAAGAGCCGUGCUGGAGGAGAUCCAGGGACACAAGAAUAUCGUGACCCUAUAUGGUGUGUUCACCCAUCACAACCCUCUGGGCAUAGCCACACGAUGCUUGCUGCUGGAACUUCUUGACGUCAGUGUUUCAGAAUUGCUGGUCCGAGCAAGCAACCAGGGUCACUCCAUGUGGCUGAUCCAGCACUGUGCCCGUGAUGUACUGGAGGCCUUGUGCUUCCUGCACCGAGAGGGCUAUGUGCACGCUGACCUGAAGCCCCGCAACAUACUCUGGAGUUCUGAUGACGAAUGCUUUAAGCUCAUUGACUUCGGGCUCAGCUUCAAAGAGGGACACCAGGACGUGAAGUACAUCCAGACUGAUGGAUAUCGGGCUCCUGAAGCAGAGCUGCAGAAUUCGCUGGCACAGGCAGGUCUAGAAGGAGACUCAGGCUGCACUACUGCUGUUGACAUGUGGAGUCUGGGCAUUAUUCUGCUGGAAAUGUUCUCAGGAAUUAAACUGAAAGAAACUGUCAAGUCUCAGGAGUGGAAGGACAACAGUGCUGCAAUUGUAGACCAUAUCUUUUCAAGCAAUUCAGCGGUGUACCCUGCUAUCCCUGUCUAUCAUCUGAGAGAUCUGAUCAAAAGCAUGCUUCACAACAACCCAAGCCGCAGAAGCACUGCUGAAGCUGCACUGAUCAAUCCAUUCUUCAGUAUUCCUUUUGCACCUCACAUUGAAGACUUGGUUCUCCUACCGACACCUGUCCUCAGACUACUCAACGUAAUUGAUGACUGUCAUUUACACAAUGAUGAUGAAUAUGAAGAAAUUAUUGAAGACAUGAGGGAAGAAUGCCAGAAAUAUGGCUCUGUCAUAUCCCUGUUGAUUCCAAAAGAAAAUCCUGGCAAAGGCCAGGUGUUUGUAGAGUAUGCAAAUGCUGGAGACUCCAAAGAAGCCCAGAGGCUGCUGACGGGCCGAACAUUUGAUGGCAAAUUUGUGGUGGCCACUUUCUACCCACUGAGUGCCUAUAAAAGAGGGUAUCUGUAUCAAACUGUGCAGGGAACUCAACACGGCACCAUGUUCCAUUUUAUCUACUGGAAAGGGCGCUCUGUGGGACUGGGACAACACUCUCUAGAAGGGGUGACAAAGAGAGCAAUUCAUAACAGCACCCGUCCUCUACUGAAAGGACAGCAGGACACCCAUAGAAGGUCUUUCAUGAAGACACACUAUGAAAUUAUGAAAUUAUUAGUUUUAUUGCAAAAAGGGCCACAUAACUAGGCACUCAUUUUUCUCUCUCUCUCUCUCUCUCUCUUAUUUGCCACCGUAGAGGGCACUUUAGCUAUCCUUUUUUUAACCAUAGGCUCCAGAACUGCCCCAAAACUUUAUCAAACUGAAAAUUGUCCAUCCCAAAAUACAUUUUCUUUAAUUUAUUUAUUUCAUUACUGUUGUAUUUAUAUGUAUUUUGUUGUAUGUAUUUUUCUACAGCUGUAAUGCUAUCUAUUGUUUGGCUUUUUUCAUCCUUCUCUUGCAGCAUUACCAUCAAUCUCAUUGGCUCUGUGGUAAAAGGUGUGACUUUAUAUGUAAACAGACUCCAUGCCAAGCAUUAGGAAAACUCUGUUAUAUUCCAAUCAGCAAGCCAUCUCCUGAUAAACAGCUCUUAACCAGUUUCUCCGCUCCAAAAGCUUCCCAAAAGAAGUUUUGUUUUGUUUUGUCCUGUGUGCUAUUUUUACAGUUCCCGGUACAGUGGGACAAUGUUAGUCUGGAGCUGUCUGGAACUGUAUAAAAAAUCAUUAGUUUCAAAGCAAUUUGUGUAUAACGGUACUAAGACUCAAUGCUCAAUUACGUUUUCUAUUUUCUAUUUUAGGUCAUGGGACAUCUUUUCUUCCUGUUAGUUGAACAGAUUAGGCAAACAAAUAAUCAAUUUUUGUAACACUGAAGAUGUUCAUAUUGAAUUUGUGGUUUCAAAGCAAGGGCUCAGUAAAAACAUGUUUUUUACUUUACACAAGAAAUUAAACCUUGUGUUAAUAAACUGUCCCAAUCACUCUUAAUUUGGCGUACAAUAAUAGAAAAAAUACACACACAAAAACAAACAUGUAAUAGCCGUUACAUUGGAAAAGGAAAAACAUUCAAUAGAUCAGUUAAAAAGGUAUGUAAAUAUGAUUUUGAAGCAUUUCUACUAAUCAAUUCAUUAUGAAAUUUAGAUUCAGUAUAAACAGGGUUUGUACGGUCAUGAAAAACCUGGAAAAAUCAUUUGAAUGUGAAAUUACAAUUUCCAGGCCUGGAUAUGUUUUGAAAAAAAAAAUUAAAAAUUCCCCAACAGUUUUGGUAAAAUCAUGGAAAUUUGGUCUACAAACCUUUGUGUUUCAGUUCAUCAAUGGAGGAAAUCUAGCUUAUUUUGAGCUGACAAAUACGUUAGCUCAGAGUUCAUUCAGUAAUUUAGCUCUACACAAAGAAGCACUUAGCAUCUGACACAUUUUAUUAUUGAAUAUUGUGUAUCAUUACUUUUAUUAGAUUCAUUUUAGGUCUACUAUAAACUAUUUGGAUUAUAGUUUUAGUUAUAGUUUUAGAUUUUUAGUUGUAUUGUCCAUGUCUGCACUUUAUAAAUAUUUAAAAAAUCGUAUGGGCAAAUAAAAAAUGGCCUGGAAGGCAAUGGAAAAGUCAUGAUUAAAUCAUAAUGUAUUGAAAUGUAUUAGAUAAAGGUGUAUGAACCCUGUAUAAAAACAAAACACAACCAUGUCAAAAACAAAAAUGUCAAAAACAAAAAUGCAAAUACACACAAGAUUUUAGCUGUUAACUUAUCAUACGGACAGACCUUAUAUAGAAAAUGUUUUGAAUUUGUAAUCUCAUGUUUCUUGUAACCCCUCUCUCUCAUUUAUCUGCCUGUCAUGUUGUGUAGGUUCACUACAGACGGAGAAUGCAGUCCAGACCCUCCCCUGUAGAGCGUCUAUAUUACUGGCCUCCUGUAGUUCCUCUGUAGAGCUACAUACAUGCCUCCUGUUUAUGGCCCCACAUUUUACAGCUGGUCUAAUAAAAGAAGCUGAGAGUGUCUGGUCUAUUUGCGGGCGUACAAUCACUCUCCACAUCUGCAAUUGAAGCGAAUGAAUGACAAAAGGAAAGGGAUCACUAGCUGUUUCACCGUGGCAGCUCGAAUGCCAUAAAUAUUCACUGGAGAAAAUGGCACGGCUCUAUGCAGAAUUCAGGAGAUAGAUCUUGCUACUGCAUUACUUGGCAACCCUCUGUUCUUGCCUCAGACUCAGGCAUGACUGCACAAACCCGUCUGUGCUGGAAUUGUGUACACAAGCUGAAACGGCUGCAGAGAGAGAGAGAGGAAUGCAGGAUCCGUUUUGGGUCAGGUGUUGCCUGUUGAUCACCUGAGUACCUAUUCACUCCUCGCUUCAUGCUCGCUGCACCUGGUCAAUACCUCAGGUUCAAACUCUGAGGCUACACCUGUGGAUUAUCAUGCAUCUGAACAGCCACCUGCUGAAGCUGCACUGAACGUGUCUCCUCACACACCAGCCACCCAUUUUUUACAGCUGUUUUCUUGUAGAUUAUGGCGAGCAAGCAAACAAUCUGCACGAACGUACGCUGUCAGGAUCAAGAAUUCAAGGCUGAGCUGAAUAUCGAUGAACAACAAUUUCAGAAAGUGCUUGUUCUGACAGGCAGCGAAUAUGUGGAGUCUUGGCAUCUGCAUUAAAAAUAAAUCGCACUCAUAUAUUCAAGCAUUGCCCCCUUUUUUUUUACCAAGAGUUUAAACAGAGUUCUGUUAUAUUAACUGCAGUGUAUAAUGUAUAAUUAAAAUACGAGGACGUCUAUGCUCAAGAGAUUCGCUGCACAAAUGAUGUAUUAUUAAUGCUAAAUGAUCAUGUGAUGUCAGCUCAGAAUGCUUUUUUUUAUAAGAAAUGUUGUGUUUUUGUGUUCAUUCUUUUCUAAUGAAUAAAAAUAGCCUGC